GCUGUCAUACAUUUUAUUCUUCUUAUCACAGCUGGAACAGUCCUUGGCUCUGAUGAUGAAUCUCGUCUCAUUAAAGACUUGUUUGCCAACUAUAACAAAGUUGUUCGUCCGGUCAAGAAGUUUAAGGACUCAGUUGUUGUAACAGUUGGUCUGCAGCUUAUCCAGCUUAUUGAUGUGGAUGAAGUCAAUCAAAUUGUGACAACUAAUGUACGACUUAAGCAGCAAUGGGUAGAUGUUAAUCUCAAGUGGGACCCUGCAGAAUAUGGAGGGAUAGAAAAAGUUCGGAUCCUUUCCGGUGAUAUCUGGCGCGCCGAUUUAGUUCUGUAUAACAACGCAGAUGGUGACUUUGCCAUAGUCCAGGAAACCAAGGCCCUUCUGGAUUAUACUGGGAAAAUUGUAUGGACUCCACCAGCUAUUUUCAAAAGCUACUGUGAAAUGAUAGUUACUUAUUUCCCAUUUGACCAGCAGAACUGCAGCAUGAAGCUUGGAACAUGGACCUAUGAUGGCAAUUUGGUGGUAAUAAACCCGGAGAGUGACCGCCCUGAUAUGAGCAGCUUCAUGGAGAGUGGAGAAUGGUUAAUGAAGGAUUAUCAGUGCUGGAAGCAUUGGGUUGUCUAUGACUGCUGUCCUGACACACCAUACUUGGAUAUCACUUAUCAUUUCCUCAUGCAGCGACUUCCCCUCUACUUCAUUGUUAAUGUUAUCAUACCCUGUCUCCUCUUCUCCUUCCUCACUGGUUUGGUGUUCUAUCUGCCCACAGGUUCAGGUGAAAAGAUAACUCUAAGCGUCUCUGUUUUGCUGUCACUGACUGUGUUUCUUUUGGUCAUCGUUGAACUGAUCCCAUCCACCUCUAGUGCCGUGCCACUGAUCGGAAAGUACAUGUUAUUUACAAUGAUGUUUGUCAUAGCUUCCAUUGUUAUCACUGUCAUUGUGAUCAACACUCAUUUCCGCACCCCAAAUACUCACAUCAUGCCUCAGUGGGUAAAAAAGAUUUUUAUUGAAACUAUUCCAAGUAUGAUGUUUUUCUCUACUAUGAAACGUCCUGCACAAGAGAAAAAAGGAAAGAAGAUAUUUACAGAAGACAUUGAUAUAUCAGAUAUUUCUGGAAAACUGGGUCCUGCCAAUGCGACAUACCAGUCUCCGAUCUUAAAGAAUCCUGAUGUCAAAAAUGCAAUUGAAGGAGUCAAGUAUAUUGCAGAGUCUAUGAAUUCUGACCAGGAGUCAAAUAAGGCUGCAGAAGAAUGGAUAUUUUCUGCAAUGGUUCUAGAUCACAUCCUUCUUGCAGUCUUCAUGCUUGUGUGCAUUAUUGGAACAGCAGCAGUGUUUGCUGGACGUCUCUUAUUGAACUACAUUUGCAAGGCUGAAAAAAGCUAG